AUGCGUAAUGCAACCGCUGGUGAGUCGGCAAACGACACCCCAUAUGUGGCUCUGGCCCCCUUGGAAGACUCUGGAUUUGACUUGGAGGGCAUGGGAUACUCCACCGUCUCAGCAGUUAUUGGGCCUGCAGCAGCAUUUGAAGGCGCCGCGCAAAAUGAUCUCUAUACCUCUAAAGUGCAAGACAUUUUCUCGACAUUCAGCCUUGGUGACUACGAAUCAACCGCAUCUAAGGCACUUGCGAGUCGUGCAACGGGAGAUUCAAUAUCGGAUAUAAUCGAUAUUCUGAAGGGUGAUAAUGGGGAGCCUGCAUUUGGUAUUUUUGCACCAACAACAGGGGAUGCUACUUUACUUCACCAGUCUAGUGAGCUAGGUAUCGCUGCCAAGAAGAUCAGCACAGCAUACAGAGAUAUGCGUCAUGUGCCUUCGAAUAGCGAGGGCGAUAUCAUGAACAUCCUUUUGGUCACUCUUUUGACGAUCGGGUUCGUGUGCAGUACCAGUAUCAGCAUAAUGUACCCAACAUUUGAGAGGAUCAAUAAUCUCAGGGCCCUACAAUACUCGAACUCUGUCUCGUAUAUCAUCAUUCAAUCGGGAGUCCAUCCAUUUGAGCAGUAUGGUUACGUCAUGCUACACCUUUUCUUCGGGAUUUUUGAUCCAGCUUCAAACCUCCUUCGAGCAUUUUUCAUCGCCAAGAACAACUUUGGUGUUACGUGUAGCAUUGGAGGCGACGAAGUACAAUCUCCAUACAUAUUUGAUCUCUAUGGUGGGGUUUACGCGAGUUUCAUCCUUCAAAUAGCUUUUCUAUCACCGCUCUCCAUGUCGCCGAAACUGGCUGAUAUUCGUGCUAAAGGAUUUGAUAGCAAAUCUGCCAGUCUCCCGGUUCUUAUCGUUGAAAAGCUUACGAAGUAUUUUGUAAAGUUAUUCGCUGUGGACGAGGUUUCCUUUAAUAUCUGUCCCAACGAGACUUUAGCAUUUUUGGGUGCUAAUGGUGCUGGAAAAACUACGACCAUUACGUGCGAGGAUAGGACUAAUUUGGGAGUCUUUCCACAGGACGAUGCCGUCGACGAACUCACAGUCCGCCAAACACUGGACUUUUUUGCCGCCAUGAAAGGAUUGAAGAAUGUGAAGUUGAAUGUCGAUAACAUUUUGAGAGCUUUCAACAUUUCCGAAUUCAACAACGUACUAGUGACGAAGCUAAGUGGUGGUACUCGUAGAAAGUUAAUGGUUGCCAUUGCACUGUUAGGAAAUCCGAAGGUUCGUCUCCUCGACGAACCUUCAACGGGCCAAGACGCCGGCGCCAAGCGUGUUCUUUGGAAGGUCCUUGAAUCGUUUGGCAGAGACCGAGCGAUUUCUCUCACAACCCACAGUAUGGAAGAAGUGCAAGCACUAGCCUCUCGUGUUGCCAUCAUCGGCACUAAAACCCUUGCAUCUGGCACUCUCCCCGAAUUGCAAAAUCGUUAUGGGGGCAGCUACCAAGUACGAGCUAAAUACGCGUCGGGUACUGUGGAGAGCGAUAUUAGGAUUCUUCUGGAGCGGACAUUUGGCGAGUCAUUGCGAAAUCUAAAGAUUGGAUACGUAGAGGCAAACUUUGAGUUGCGGCAUGUGACAAGGAAUCUCGGCAAGAUCAUGCAGAAGAUGGAAGGGUUGAUGGAGUUGAAGACUGGCGGUAUAAUGGGCCAGGUAUCGGGUGAGUGGUCUGGUCGACCGGAAGGAUCUAGCGGGGGUGCGUAA